AAUGGCGUCGCGCUUUGCUAGCAAAACCUCUCUCUUGAAAUCAUCACCCGUUAGUCAGAUCCUCAAGCGCUCAUACGCGUCUGAGCACGGUUCUGCUAAGCAUGCUACAGAGUCUUUCCCUGAAGAAAGAUUUAGCAGCAAUGUCUGGAGAAACUCUUUGCUCACCAUUAUUGCCGGUGUUGUAUUUUAUCGUGUGAGCGAACAUGUCACUGGUCAGGGUGAAGAGAAGCAUCCUUUCACAAAGUGGAUUGAGUACCGUAUGACCCCCAGCACAGAGAUGGAUCGCAUCAACACUGAAAACCUUGAAGCUGCAGAGAAGUUGGCCGAGUAUAGACUUGUUUAUCAGGAUGCUCAACGCGCGCCUAUCUACCGCAUGAGAUACCCAGAGUCUUUUGAGCGUGCAAGUGCUCGCGGUUUGACUGCUGGUAGCCAUGCUGACUUGACCGACCUCAAGAUCAGAUCAGAUUAAAUAUUUUCGUACCCUUUAGACCUUGUUUUGUUCUAAUCGUAACAAUAAACAAUGUUUUUUUUUAUUUCAUUAAAAGAGCAUAUAGUUAUUAUACGUGGGGCUGU